GCAAAAAUUAUGUACACACAAAUAUUGAAGGAGUUUUCAAAAGUUUAGUAGUUUUAUCAGAAUUUUAUAGCUAAAUUUCUGGUGACAUGGAAAACGAGAGACGUUCUUCUCAAGACCAUAGCCACUCACUAGAACUUGAGUGCACAAUGCCUGAAAUAAAACCACUUAAACAAAGGCAACCCCAGUUUACUUGGCUCGGUGUUGACUUUGCCUGUUUGCUUGCAGUUGGUUUGGCUUGCCUCUUAUUUAAGCUGGUCGCUGUUCCAUUUCGCCGAGGGUUUUACUGUGACGAUGACAGCAUUAACAAGCCUUAUAAAGACAGUACUGUGCCAUCGUCGGUGUUGUAUUCCGUUGGCUUCGCGUUGGCUUAUCUGGUCAUUUCAGUCACUGAAUGGUGCAACGAGCGAAAUGACAAGAGAUCUGGAAAACGUUGCGAGGGUGUGCCCUUCAAGAUUGGUCCGUUGCAGCUGAAUUCUCUGCUUGUUCGGCUGUGUAGCUUGUUCGUUUCCUUUGCUUUUGGAGGCCUCACCACGAUUUUUGUCACUGAUAUUGGAAAAUACACUGUGGGAAGGCUAAGGCCUCACUUUCUCUCAAUCUGCAAAGCCCCAUCUUUCGUGUUCAUGAACUGUAGUCAUACGUACAUCUUGGAUGAUGUCUGUACAGGUGAUCCUAGUCUUUUGAGAGAGGGAAGAUUGUCAUUCCCGUCAGGACAUGCUUCAUUUUCAGCAUAUGCUGUGACAUUCACAGUUUUGUACAUGGAAGCCAUGAUCCACUUUCCUCAGAGCAAGUUUCUCAAGUUUUUUCUUCAACUGUUGGUGGUUCAGCUGGGUGUCCUGUGCUCACUGUCUCGUGUCAGUGAUUACAAGCAUCACUGGAGUGACGUCCUUGCAGGUCUGUUGUUGGGUGUACUUAUUGCUGUGCUGAUAAUUGACCGUGUACUACAAAUUUUUCAGAGAGACAGGAACAGUAAAACAGUUUCUGAAAAUGUAGUCUAAUGAAGAUUACCAUGGUCAAACAAUGUAACAGACCUUUUUACCAGUUCCUUUCUUAUUUCACAAAACACUAUAAAUUAUUAUUUUCUUACAAUAAUAUAAUACAGCAACUAAAAAUACUUUCCAGAUAAAAAGACAGAACAUGAUUCUGUGAAAUAAAUUAAUUCAUUUAGUAGAAUUCUACAAGAGUAUUCUAAUGCAAAUGCUGCAAUCUGAUUGGCUGAGCUACUCUUAUACAGUGGAACCUCAAUUUAAUGAACCUCUAUAUAACAAAGUCCUUGAUAUAACGAACGAUAUUCCUCCCCCCCAGUAAUAGUGAAAUAUAUGGAAAAAAACGUCGAUACACCAAAACCUCAUUAUAGCGAACAUAUUUUGCCAGUCCCCUGGCCCUUCAUUACACCAAGGUUCCACCGUUCUAUCAGCCAUUUAAGAGUGCAGUGGCCAGAGGGUGUUCACAUAGUUAUGACGUUUUCUGAUUUCUUUGAUAUUUCGAGGAAGAUUUAGAAAUAUUUCGUGAUAAUUCAAUUCCCAAUAACACUAACGAAAAGAAAUUGACUGUUAUGCCACUUAAAAACCUCAAAAUUUUAAAUGAACUGAGGAGUGUGUGUGCACAAUUGCAAAGUUGAAAUAACUCAGAAAAGAAUAA